GAAGCCGAGCGACAUCCAUCAGACUGGUUGCACUCAGAGAGGUACGCUCGAGCACUCUUCAGGCUGCACCCCAGCAAACACUCCGCCGGGCCGUCACGUCGAGCUCCGGGCAGCCUCGGUGAUCUCUGCACGGAUUCUCCUCUCCAUCAGGACCGUGGGAGAGAUGCGACGUCUCGGAGGAGGAGGAGACGAACUGGCCAGGCAGCAGCAGCAGCAGACACCUGCGAGGAGGAUCUGAGUUUGUUUCUGUAACGUCAAAGAAAGGUUUAUUGCGGUCAUCACUAUGACUGAUGGGGAUUAUGACUACCUUAUAAAACUCCUUGCCCUGGGGGACUCCGGUGUGGGGAAGACUACCUUCCUGUACCGAUACACAGACAACAAGUUCAACCCCAAGUUCAUCACCACAGUCGGCAUCGACUUCAGGGAAAAGAGAGUGGUGUACACAACGUCCAACCCCAAUGGGGCGACCACAGGGAAAACCUUCAAGGUUCACCUUCAGCUCUGGGACACAGCUGGACAGGAGAGGUUCCGCAGCCUGACAACGGCGUUCUUCAGGGACGCCAUGGGGUUCCUGCUGAUGUUUGAUCUCACCAGCCAGCAGAGCUUCCUCAAUGUCAGAAACUGGAUGAGCCAGCUACAGGCCAAUGCCUACUGCGAGAAUCCAGAUAUUGUGUUGGUAGGAAACAAGGCGGACCUGGCCGACCAGAGGGAGGUCCAGGAGAAACAGGCCAAGGAGCUGGCUGAUAAAUACGGGAUCCCGUACUUCGAGACGAGUGCAGCGACAGGAGCAGAGGUGGACAAGGCGGUGAUAACGCUGUUGGACCUGGUCAUGAAGAGGAUGGAGCAGUGCGUCGAAAAACCACCUGCUGAACCAGCCAAUGGGAACGGCGCCACGAAGCUUGGCGAUGCUCAGCCAAACGAGAAGAAAUGUGCAUGCUAGAUCAAGAAGGAAAUGACCAGUCAGCGCUCCUCUGUUGUCUGUCCUUUCUACUUGCCACAUACCCUCCUUCUUUUACCUUCUCCUUCUGCCAUCUUUAAUUGCAUGUUUUUUCCAUAUUCUUUCCUCUCUAAAACACACCAUCCUCUGCUCCUCUUUUCUUUGUCUCCUGUCCUUUAUUCUUCCUCCCAAACUGUCUGCCACCCUGGCAAUGAAACAACCCUGUCUCCCUCUAGUGGAUAUCCAAGGUAAUACAGUCCUCAGCCUGUCUGCCUUUGAGCUCUGUUUGGGUGGAAAUUAAAACAGGAGGGGACAGUUUCAUCACUGUCAGACACAUAAUGUGCCUCGUCUAGAACUUGCAGUCUGGGAAUUAAGCUCUGCACGCUCCCAGUCUGUCUGCUCACAAGUGGUUUAAAUGAGUUUAAUGGCUCUAAACAGGCAGAAAGAUGUUGGAAACUUUAAUCUGAACUCUUAGGUGUCUAAUCAGUUCAUCACUUGGUAACAGGGCAAAGGUUUUGCCUCCUGUUUAAGGUGUCACUUGAUGACUGGGCCACAGAGAAUUUAGCAUUAGGCUGUAUAUAUGUGUAAAUGAAAUCAUGGUCCUCUCCUGAAACUUUUCCUCCUGGACCAGGGUGAGCAGCUGUGUGGUUUUGUUUUAUUUUUAUUCCUGCUUCACACUUUGAUGCUGUACCCAUAUUAGCCACAAGCAGUUUUUUUCUGGGCGUUUGCUUAAAAUGCACCAAAUUGUGUUUAAUAUAGUUGGCUGUGGUGUCGUGUCAGAAGUCUUUGACACCUAAGUGAUGCCAAAAACACACCAAGCACUGACGAAGUGAGGCCUGAGGCGAGCUGCCAAGCAGUCGACAUGGAAAGCCGAGCGCAGCCAAACUAAAAGUUGGGGAUAGUUUAACUUUAAGCGACAAAUUGCAGCUAGUAAGUCUUGUCUUGUAAUUAUUGCAUUCAGCCGCACUUUGCCGCUGUUUGGUGUGCUUUUUGGCUUGACAUUGGCAUUUGUUAAGCUCAUGUCAGCUUGUUAGCCUCUAUAGCUUUAGGGUAUGUAAUAACAGCUUAAUCCACAAUGAGUUGUGCAGAUAAAUAUUGGGCUUGUGGAACACUUAAUAUCAGUAACAGUAAAUAAAUAUACACUACAUAGAGAUACCUCCAACACAAAGCUAAAGAGGUUAAACAGCCUCUGUGGAGUGUGUUAUUUCUCAUAAGCAAACAAUCAGAGUAGAUUGUUCUGCCUCUGGCCACUUGCUGGUGAUUAUUAUGUAUGGCAGUAUUAUGAAUUCAUAUUUUGGAUCAGUACUCUGAAUAUAUUUGUAUUGGCUCAUUUGUAAAGCAACCUUGAAAUAAAUGUUAAUACGACAAGCUCAGUUAACGGCAGGAACUCUGCUUCUGUCUCCCAGUGGUCUCACUCGUGGUAUUGCUAAGAAAAAAAAAAACCCUGUGGCCAAAAAAGCACUUAACACAUAGACCACCAUUAUAAAAGAGACAUCUGACUGCAAACAAGGUCAAAUAUGACUCCUUCUAUUUUGAAUUUUUGAUCCAUGGAGGUUUUAUAUUUGUAAAACUUUUCUUGAACUGAGAAAAGCAAUUUAAAAAUCUGUGACGUCAUCACAAUGUAAAGUCUUUGAGCCAAGAGGGAACUCGCAGAGCCAGUGGGAGAACUGGCACUACUGUGCAUUUUCAGUGGGCCGCAUACCUUGGAGUUAAACCAGGGAGGUAGAAGCUUUUUUUGGCGUAUGUGCCAGGCAAGUACCAUUGGAAUGAAUAGGCACAAUCUUGGCGUGCGGUGUCUAGUUUUUAUUAUACAUCUAUGGCUUUAUUGACUUCCUGUUUGCACAUCUGAUUAACAGCUGAUGAAGCUAGCCAGAAGCUAACAUAGGGUAUCAUUGCUCUGCAAGCUCCUAGGAGCAGCGCCGGGCUCUGAAGCCAGUUUUACAUUGUGGCCAAACCAUAGAAUUACAACUUCCGAGUUCAUCAUGUGGGCCCAAAAAGACUUCUUCCAAUAGACUCACAUUGGGAGAGUGAUGCCUGUAAAUCAGUGGAUACAUUUCUUUUUUUGAAGCAUCACAACCGGUGCAAAAUGACUCCUUUCAUUAUCGGGAUUUGGUCCUUUCAGUCUGAAAGCAUUUCGAAAGUCUAGAGGGGCCGUACGAAUAAAUAAUUUUAUCCCGAAUCAAGUUAGCAGAGCGCUAAAAUGGAAGUCUAUAGCGCGGCUUCUGUAUGGGCCCAGCAAUGCAGAAGCACAGUGUAAGAUCUGGGUAAUUUUACACACUAAAGUCAAACUUUUUUGGCUUCAUGCACAAAUUAACUGGACCCCACCUGUGACUCUAUAUCCACUUUUCUUUAUACAUCCAUGGUGCCUGACAGUUUUCGCAGUGGCUACAAGCAUCAUGCUUAAUUAACCCUUUAAAACCUUGAGCAAAUAGGCUUGGUUCCUUUUUAAAAACCUGAGAAGAAGGCAAUGAGCGAUGACAGAAGAAAUGACCAAAAAAAUUAGCAAGAAUUUAGUAAAAAAGAGAAAAUUAGUAAAAAAUGAAAUAAAAUAAAGGAAACAAGAAAGACACAAGGAAAUUACCUGGAAAAAAACUUAAAAAUUAUAAUAAUUCUGUAACAUAAUUUUAAUUAAAUAAUAAAAUAUACAACAAUGAUAAUUAUAAAUGUAAUUUUUCCCUUUUUUAAAAAAUAAUUUUCUAAAUCUAUUAAUUUUUUGCAACUUGUGGAACAUUUCUUACCAAGUUGCUUACUGCUUUUUUCCCAUGUUUUUGAAAGAAAUUGCACCAAUUUGCUUGGAGCUCAAAUGUUUAAAUACUUCUGUAAGGCGUCUAGAGCAGCAAAAGAAAAGUGAUGUUGCUCCAUGUUUCGAAGGGUUAACAAAAGCACCUGAUGAGUGUUUCAGAGUAAAAUUAUUUUGCAGUAUCAGAUAUGGAAAGACAUUAAAAAGAGAAAAAGUUAUCAGUCUUCUCACCUCACUACCAGCAUCUUAUCCAGGCUAGCUACGAACUAGGUGGGUGUGGCCGUUAAGUUGUUGCUUUCUAUGCCGAUGAUUCAAGUUUUCUUUGAAUUCUGUGUUUCUAUCUGACUUUUGAUGCCAGAACAAUAGCAUGUGGUUCAUUUAGCUAAUGUCACACCCUGCUGUGCUACAGGACUGCCAUAUGAUUGAUCAGAAAUAGCAUUGUUUGGAUACUUGGACACACAACUGCUGUCUGUUUGCAGCACUGUUAUUUAUACUUUGCGUUUGCACAGCUAACUCUUCCAUUAGACCUCCAUGAUGGCAUCAGACUUGCAGGUAAUAUACCAUUCAUAUUGUAGGUGACAAAUAUGGGUACAGCAUGGCAAAUGUGAAGCAGAGAAACAAAAAAAACUGUAUGUCAUGAAUAGAGUGUCCUUGACCAGGAUAGAUAUAUUGUUCCAAACUGAUCUACUGCCUUGGCUUUUAAAGCGUUAUUCCACUGUGGCAGAACAGACUUUGAUCUCUGUGGGAGUUUGAGAUAAGUCAGCUAAAUAUAUCAGCUGCUCUGGGGAAGCAGUGUUACCCUGAUUAGCUAACAUUUACAGAACAGGAAAUAAUAGUAUAAGUCAACAUAAAUGAAUGUAUGAGGGGGGAGGAUGAUUAUAUCUAAUCAGCAUCAUUACGCUUAUUGUGGGGUGACGUUAGCUUUUCAGAGCAGCUGUGGCUCUCUCAUCUCUUUAUAACAGAUAAUCGGACAAAGUGAAAUAUCGCUUCAAGGCCCCAUACAUGACCCAUGUUGUUAGAAUAUAAAGUGACCAAUUAUUUAUAUUAAAAGAAAUGUAAAACAUAGAUUAUUAUUGUCAAUUUUUUGUCAUAUCCUUCACAUUUCACACAGUUUUUUUUUUCUUUUCAUGAUUGUCAAGAUUUGUUGGUUGGUUUGUUUGUUUUUUCAUUGCUGUAGUGCUCUUAAGCUUGGUUGUCAAAUUAACCCAAAAAUUACCAAUUUAUUAACAAAAUGAAGAAAAUACACUAUUAUAAACUCUUGAAGAAGUAUAGUAAAAGUUGCUAUGAAGACUUUUUUUGUUUCAACACUUGAAGUAACUGUGGACCAAGUUGUUGUGUUUUGUUGCUUAAGACUUUAUUGUUUUUUCAUUGCGUACCGGACCAUUUAACAGUUGCUGUGCAGAAAACCAGAGAGUGGUUAGUAUUGUUGCCUCACUGCAAGAGGUUUCUGGGUUUAAACCUACUGUUCGUCCUGGGCCCUUAUGUCUGGAGUUUGCAUGUUCUCCCCAUGUUGGUGUGGGUUUUCUACGGGUGGUUGGGCUUCCUCACACAGUCCAAAGACAUGCAGGUUAGGUCGAUUUGGGACUUUAAAUUGCCCUUGUGUGAAUGUGAGUGUGAAUCGUUGUCUGUCUCUAAAGCCCCAUUUCCACCAAACUCUUUUGGUUUGGUACCUUUGGAUCCAAAAGUAACCCUUCAGACAUGGUACCUACACCCUAGUGUUUCCACUGCAAACAGUACUCUUAAAUGUGGGCGGGGUUGUUGUCACUCACUGCUCCAUCCAGCACUCACUGUAUUUCCUCAUUAUCAGUGACACAGAUGGAAGUCUACACCUUGUUUAUCGUCCACAGAAUGAGGCUGCACGCUGACAUUUCCUGAACGAAAUAAAACAGGCUGCAGUGAGAGUCUCUCUCCAUGGGAUAUUUGUGCAGUUAGUCCUUCUCAAGCAAGCUUGGGGGUUUAGUGUUGCCGGAGCCCACAGGAAUGACCUCCUCUUGGUCAGUGUCCACUGGGAUCGGCUUCAGUGCCCCCCGCGACCCUGUGAAGGAUAAGUGGUGACAGAUAAUGGAUGGAUAGAUGGACGAACAGAAAACCUUAUGAAAUCACAGCAUAUUGAAACAAAAUUCUAUUGAGUUCAGUUGGCUGUGUGUUUUGUACCAUGACGCUACGCUUGAGCAGUCUUUAGAAGCCAGUUGAUUUAAAUUUGCAAAAAAAAUCCUACUCAUUAAAAUGUCAAAAAUCUUAAAGCUUAAAGUCCGAUGUGAUCUCUUUGUUUGUAGUGCAACUCAACAGUUUUCCUUUCAUAGUGUAAUACCUUGAUCUGCCUUACUUCAUAAAAAAAAUCUUGAGCCCAGUUGAGGUGCACCAGAAACAAGGGAAAUGAUCUUUUUGCUUGCCACCUGCUGGCAGCUAAAUCCUUAUUCUGUCCUUUAGUGAGCCAAAGGGAGGUGUUACAUAGCAGUCCCAACUCACAGCUGCAUAAUAGAAGGAUUACUGCAGGUUGGUUUUCAAAGUGUACUGAAACCAGGGGCUGCCAAAUGGGUCUGCAGUCAUGUUUAGUAUACUGUAAGUGUGGCUUAUUAAUGGCAAAACACAUUAUAACAUUUAGAAUGUUAGCAUUCGACUAAAUUACUUUUUUAUCAGUAAUAUUUUCAGUAUUGUGCUCGCUGGAUUUAUCAACAAAAAAAAAAAAAAAAUCUGAGGUUAAAGUGUUGUAGAGCUUUGGCUUUAGCUCAUUGUCACCUGUAUUUAAUCUACCAGUGUGCCAAAUAAAAAAAGGAAACAUUACAAACAAGCGUUUGUUUUCGACAAACCUGAACCUCAUUCACACAGAGAAACUGCCUUCACAAGUAGAAAAAUGUUUUUAUUUUGUGUGGGGCUUUUUGUCACCGGCCAACAUUUGAUCUCAGUGCCAUAUUUAACAAUCACUGCUGUUUGAUUUUAGUUUUAUUAAAAUAUGAAUUUGCUGACGGUAAAGACAUAAAGAGCUGGCUCACAUUAUAACCUUCUCUCCCAGAUACUAAGCAGCAUAAUUGUUACGAGAUCCCCAGAAAUGCAAGUAUCAUAGGUUUUGUUUUGUUUGCUUAUUUCAACUUGUUAUCUGCCAUUUUUGUUUUUCAUGUUGGUCUUGAAAAAUGUAUUUAAUCACAAUGUACAGGUUACAUAUUUCUAAACACUUGCUGUACAGAAGCAGCUUAGUUUAAUCCUCUUACCACAUGUUUUAUUUUUAUUUUGUUUGCUUCCUUUGCUCCAACUUAAUUCAUUAAGAAAGUCAUGUUAACAGUUAAGCAAGUGGUAUUUCAGUAGAAUUGUAUCUUUAAGACUUAGGGCCCUGAAACACCAAACCAAUGGUCGGCUGUUGGUUAAUGUUGGGUCAUCAAGGAACGUCUGUCGCCCUUGUUUUUGUGGUAUGUCCCGUGUCGUUGCCACUAGUAGCUCCUUGUCGGCUGUUUCUCUGCUGAUUAAGCAUGUUGAAUCAGUGGCGGGCCUGGCUUAGCCCACCAAGGAGUGAAAUAACUCUGAUUGGCAGUUCAGCUUAGUGCACGAGAAGAGAAACAGAAGUGAGGAAAGUAAACAAAAAAGUAAAAUCAAGAGGGCUCUUUAGCAGAAAAGGUUUGUUAUUGUGUUACUGAUCACUAGUGCAGAGUAAAUAUCAGUUGUUCUUUGGACAUCGGGUUGUGUUGUUAAUAUGCUAAUUGGCUAACUAACGUCUUGAAUCUGUCCUUUUCAUCUUCUGCUUUCCCUUUUUGGGUCACUAAUACAGACUGCCACCUGCUGGUAUGGAGAGUUAUUUCUUCUCACACAGGCACAGAGCAUACAUUCUAGUUGGCCAUUGGCUGUGGUCUUGGUGGUGUGUUCAAGUACAACUUUUUGAUCAAGACACAGGCAUCGUGAGGUGUGCGACAGUCUGCCUUUGUUGCCACUAGUUCUUGGCCAUAGUUCAGGGUGUCUAGGCCUUUAGAUUUUAAAGAUACAGAAGUUAAAGCAGCGGUACUGAAACUGUUUGUUUUUUUACCACUUGGGGGCAGCAGAACAAGCUGAAAAUGCAGCAUUGACAUAGUAUCACCUUACAAAGUUGUUAUGCAUUUUCAUCCCAUUAGAGGUUUGAGUGCUUCUGAUAAAUCUAAGUCCAAUGUUCACUCCCUCCUUUUAGCUCUGUUUUGGUCUCCACCAACUCCUGAGAAAAAUGUCUGGCAUUUUAGCUACUGGAUAUUCCACUCAUGUCGCCAGCUAGUUGCUAACUUUGUCUGUCUGUUGGUGCUGGACAGAUAGUGAACAGCGGGUUUAUAAAAGCUUAUUUGCUGCUAGAGAGGGGUUUGAUGAGACUGAACCAUACACUAAAUGUGCAGUAAAACCAAAACAGUAAGCUAAAAGAAGCUAAAACGCUCUGUACCCUGCAGCAUAAUUUUUAUUAUCAUGUUCACCUUCACAUUACACAAUCCAUUAUUACUAUGUGCAGAUUUAUUUCUCAUACAUGUUGUUAAAGUUUUAAAGCUUAAAAAAUGUUGAUUUCAUUAAAGCCACUAAUCAGGUGUGUAACUUUUUCUCAGUUUCUGAAAAGUUUCCAUGUUUUUGGUAAAAGUUUGUUGACCCCAUUAAAGUACUAGUCUGUAAACAUAAUGCAGCCUUAUUGACCAAGAUGACUGGCAACUAAUUCAUUCAUUCUAAUUAAUCAUAAAAAAAGUAUGAAUUCUUUGAGAUCUGGAUGACCCCUCCGAUCAAAUAAAGCAAGAACGCAAAAUUAAUCCCAAAAAAAGCAUCAACAGCAUCAAGUUAACAGUGGUUUUUAUACUGUGUGAGACUUUGAGGCUGCGGUUCAGGUAGUAAAACAAUUACGUUAUAUGUCUUUUUUCUAAGCACUCUUCCUUGACCUCAAUAGAAAACGCCAUGAGGUCAAGGUAAGAUGUGAAGGAGAAUCCAUCUGCCCUUACAGUAGGCUACGUAACUAUGUGACGGCAGAUGUUAUUGACGCAGGUCACUUUAAAUGUUGCUGCCUCAAGGUCUUGGACAGCAUUAUGUCCUUUCCUUUUCUGUAGGAUGGUCCAGUCUGUAGGAUGGUCUCCUUUAGCAUAGUGCUAAAGGAGAAGAAAGAAAGCAUUGAAGCACCUUUCUUACAUAUUUAGAGAACUUGACAAGCACUUGACCAGCCCAGUCGCUAGAAGAAAAUGUUGGCAUUGUAAGAGAUGGUGAAUGACGUCAACUAAGCAAGAUGCUUCUGUAGACCACUGUUUGAAACCAACAAACAACCACACAGGUUAUCUUAUGGCAAUGCUUCAUAGUGUUUCCACCAGUGUUUGUGGCACUGAACCUGGGUGUUUUGAUGGCACAUUGUAGCAUUUCCCAGUUGCGUCAGAGCCAUUGAAUCUGGAGGUUCUUCACCGACACAUUCUAGUGUUUCCCAGUGGUGUUUGUGGUAUUGGAGCUUGGUAUUUUUUACCAACACCAUGCUGCUUUUGAGCCACCAAACCUGGGUGUCGCUCACCAACACACUGCGGCAUUUCUCGGCAGUAUUUGUGGCAAUGAACCUAGGUGUUUUUCACUGAGACAUUGUGGCAUUUGAGCUACUGAACAUGGGUGUUCUCACUGAAACAUCACAGUGUUUCCCAGCACCGUUUUAGCCACUAAACCUGGGUGUUUUAACUGACACAUCACAGUGUUUCCCAGCUGCAUUCGUGGCACUGAACCUGGGUGUUUUUCACCGACACAUUGCGGCAUUUCCCGGCAGCAUUUGUGGUAACAAACCUGGGUAUUUUCCACUGACACAUUGUGGCGUUGAAGAGACUGAACAUGGGUGUUCUCACUGAAACAUCACAGUGUUUCCCAGCACUGUUUAGCUACUGAACCUGGGUGUUUCUCUCUGGCAUAUGGAUGCAUUUCCCAGCAGCAUUUGGGCCACCAAACCUGGGUGUUUUUUAGCCAACACAUUGUGGCGUUUCCAAGUGGCAUUUUUGCCGCCAAACCUGGGUGUAUUUCAGUCACCUGUCCCUGCUUUUCCAGUGGCUUUUGUGCCACCAAACAUGGAUACUCUAAGCCAAAAGAUGAUCUUAACCAAGUAGUUUUUGUGCCUAAACCUAGCAACACCUUCACCACACUGUUGUUGAUAAAGGUAAAGUUUCAACAUAUCGGCUACAAAACAAUUUACACAUGUAAUGUAUCUGUGGUUUUCAGAAAUGUCAGUGUGUUUCUGCAAUUUGGUCGUAGAUACUCGACUGUCCUUUCAAUCAGUUCGGAGCCUUCCUAAGCAAAGAAGACUAUUGACUGCAGUCCAGAUACCAGUGCACCUCACUUCUACAUAGCCAACCAUUUUCCUUAACAUACUGAACCAAUGCCUUUUAUUGUGACAAUCUUCCCAACCAAUUCGUCAGCUUUUAUCUGAACCUUUCCUGUUAUGUUGCUCAUCAUGUUUUAAUUUCAUUUUAAAUAUUUUUUUUGUCCUCUGAUGCCUUUCUGCUUAAAUUCAGUUAUGCCACACAUCAGGUGUAUCUGACAUGUACUGAUAAUACAUUUAUUCUCUCUUGUCUCGAAUCAUGUUUUUCUUCUAACAUCUCUUCCAUAAAUCUUAAAUGGUUUUUGGUAGUUUUUGAAUUCACUUUGAAAGUUUACACUGUUUGAAAAGUCAUGUUGUGCCUGUUAUUAACUUUUCUGUCUGAUCCUACAGUUUGUGAGCUACUGAAUAUUUUCAUGCAUUAUUGAUUACAAAACAGAGGCAAAA